AAUAAUUAUCAUGAGACUCAUGACAAAAUCGUGGGAGUUGACAACACUGCAAAGUGAAAGCUUUGAAAUAGACUCAGCGGAAAUAUUCUGUGGUGCAUGGAACAAGAGGCAUUUUUACUGCCAUGCGCAGGAGCGGAGAUAUACAUUUCUCAUCUAGUUUUCAGCACCCCAGGACAUCAAGAAUAAUGUAGCAACAUUGGGAAGAAGUGAAGCCCUGCAGACAGAAUGAAGGCUAGAGAGAAGGAUACGAUAUGAGGAAGGCAAAUCCAUACAGUACCCAAAGAUAUAGAGGCAAUGUUCUCUGCAUUAAGCUACAGUGCAAGCUUUCUGGAGCCGGAUAUGGUGAUGAUUUUGACGACUUCAGUUUAGCAGAUGCACUUGAUGACCAUCCAACCAAGCGACCUACUCCCAAGUUGCCCAAAAAGCCAGCAGGUGGAACAGGAUAUGGGGAUGGUUUGGACGAUUUCAGUUUGUCAGAUGCACUGGAUGAUCAUCCCACCAAGCAACCUACUCCCAAACUACCCAGAAAGCCAUCGGGCGGAAUAGGUAUUAGCUUAUGGGAUGUGAUCCACACCACCACAACCAAGAAGCCAAAAACCACCAAGGCCCCACCCAAAAAGAAUCCAGCAAAGGAUCCUGCGGACUUUGACUUAUCGGAUGCACUAGAUGAUCAGAAUGAUGGGAGAGGUGGUGGGAAACCAAACGUAAAACCUGGUGGAGGCUCGAAAGGUAAAGAUAACCCUUCAAGAGGUGGAAAACAGGCAUUUUCAGAUGAUGAUCUGGCCAGUGUUCUGGACGAUGGGGAGUACCAUCCUGAUAAGAAGAAAGGUGGCAGUGACUACGAUGCAGGCACCACUGCCGAGACUGGGACAAUAGCAGGAAUAGCCAGUGCUCUUGUCAUGGCAUUGAUCGGCGCCGUCUCCAGUUACAUUUCCUAUCAGCAAAAGAAGUUUUGCUUCAGCAUACAACAGGGUCUUAACGCAGAGUACGUGAAAGGAGAAAACAUGGAAGCUGUUGUAACUGAAGAACCUCAAGUUAAAUAUUCAGUCCUAGAAACACAGUCAGCAGAGCCGCCACCACCACAAGAAAAUGCGAAGGUCUAAAGCAUGGCCUUGGGCUGGAAGAGAAUCAGUCAGCGGCAAACACACACACACAAAACCAUCUCACAUGCUUGUAAUUCAACUUUUUAUUUAAUUUGGAUCCAAGCUAUUCAACGUGUAUUUAGACUAGAAGUGGCUUCUUGUUGAUAUAGGUGGUAGGGCUAGAAUGUCAGUGUCUUUUUAUUUUUUUUGUAAAGAGUUGUAUGUUUACAUGGAAUUUAAUAAUGUAGGAUUGAUGUCACGUUGUGUACAAAACAACAAAAGGUGCUUCAGUAGCUUUCCAAGCAACGUUUAGGAUUUUCACGUUUGGGACAAGCAGCUGGGAUAAUGUCUUUUUUCAAAGAGUGCCAGAGUGUACAGGUGUGAGGACAAUAAAGUGCCUGUAAAAUAACGAUCCAAAGCAAACCAUGCAAGAACCUUUGUAAAUCACUUCCAGCCAGUUUCUGCCAUCAGCUAUAUGCAUGCAGUGUCCAGUGUCAGCGGUGAAAAUUAUGUGUGCAGCUGAGGGUAGAUGUUGCUCCUUAGAGUAGCUACACCUAAAAAUAAAGUGCCUACGGGUAGAUCCUCUUUUAGGGGCCCAGUCUGGGGGGGUAACAAAGGCCUCUACUCAUUGGAGUCACAGAGUUGAGAGUGCACAUUAUCUCACGCUACUAGGCUUCUGCCCACCUUUAAGGACCUGAUUGUGAUACCAGAUAAUGAUACAGAUCAUUGCAGUAUGGGAUUUUGGCAGGUAACACUGCCAUACAUGGUUGUGUCUGAGUUUGGCACUGAGCCUCGAGUGCCAGGGUUUUGCUGUGACAACACUGACACUUCUGCAUUGUCAUUGAGAUUAACUGAAAACUGUGUAUGGAUUUAGGGACAGGUUCAGAUCUCAUUUACGCCAGAGUCACUUGAAUUCAGAGAGCUGAGUUAAAACUAAUCAAGCGUUUUAAAAAGAUCCUGGCAUAAGGUAACCUCUGAGAAUGGUUAGGAAGAAACUGCCACUGAUGGGGUAAUUGUGUAGCAUUAUCCUCUAUGGGGUUUCUUACACCUUCCUCUGAAGCAUUUGAUGCUGGCCACUGACAGGAUACUGUACUCAAGUUGAAGCAGCGCUCUGAUCUGUGUUCCUGUUUAACUGAAGUGUAACAGAUUUGAUUCUGGCCUCUGGUAGCUUGACUAUCACUUGUUACAACUUUUUUUUUCUUUAUGCCCCUUUUAUAGCUGCUACAAUGUGGACUCUGCCACGUGCCAAUACAUUUUUCAAAAUUAGUUGAAUUGGGAAAAGGAGGCUUUGAAAUAUAGGAAAAGUUUUCACUUUCUCAUGUGGAAAAGGUACAAAGUGUUUAUAGAAUCAGGAUGUGCGUACAUUUUGUAAUGUUUUGCAAAAUACGCCAUUAUGUGAAUGGGAAGCAGCGGCUGAGUAAGAGUGUGUCUAGUUUUCAGUUUGAUGUACAUGCUCAGUUUUCAUAAGGGACUUACAUGGGGCCUUGCCUGUAGGUAUUUGUAUAAGCCUAGGAACAUUUUUGUGUAACAAUCUAAUUUAAAGGAAAGUACCUAGUAGCAUGGUAAAUAUUUGCAGCAGCUGUACAAUUCCUUAUGCUCUGGUUUUUGAUACAUGCAUUUCAAACGCCUUAUAAUAGCUUUACAGGCAGAAAUACAUUGUUUUAUGAAUGUGUUGGUAUUACAAAACAAAACGUAAUAAGCUGUUUCCAAAGUUCUCAUUUAACUAUUGGCUUCUAGGGAACUGGAGCAGGAAAAAUAGACAAGGAAUACAGCAUUCACGCUUGCUUAGAUACUCUAGAGUCGGUUUAUCAAGGAGGAAGUGUGGUUUGUAGAAUUUUGAAGAGCACAUAAAGAAACCCAGAUGCUAAUGAAGCCACAAAGCUGAAUUCAUAUGACUAUUUCCAAAUAGUGUAGUUUGUUUCUUAGCC